AAACAUGCUUUUCAUGAUCAGUGUUUGAAUUCUUUAUACAACAUUCAAAUUGUUCAAUCUGGAUUGGAAUCACUUUUUUCUCAUCUAAAAAAAUGGCACAUCAAAAUAUCAAAAAUUUUCAUAAUCUAUUGCGUUCCAGAUUUUUAUCUGAUACUUUACGAUUUUCUAGCUCAAAAACUUCUAGCGAGAUAAAAAUUCCUGAUAAUUCAAAAUGUAUCAACAAAGUUAUUCUUCUUGGUCGAUGUUUAGCUGAAGCAAAUUUAAAGCCAUUGAAUAAUACAAAUUAUGCUACAUUCAUUAUGGCUACAAAUGAAUUGCGUCGUACUAAAAGCAAUGAAAUUGUGAAACGCUCGGAUUAUCAUAAAGUUUUCGUCUAUCAACCAUUUUUGGCAAAAAAAUCUCAUAAUCUAAUUACAAAAGGGACUCGAUUAUAUCUUGAAGGAAAGCUAAAUUAUCGAAAAUAUGAAAAUCAAUUUUUCUCCAACAUAGUUGCCGAAAAAAUAUUAUUCAUUUCCGGUACCAAUCAACAAUUUGAACUUGAUAACGAUGACAUUAUCGAAGAAAUUGAUGAAGAAUUUAUCACUGAAGGUGAAGAACAACAAAAUGUCCAAGCUUCGGAAAAAUAUUGAUUGCAAUCAUGACAACUACAUUGUAGUCACCAAUCACAUUUUUUUUCGUUCCAUAGUCUCAUGUUGAUCAUUUUCGAAUUAUUAACAAUAUAAUAAUUAACAAUUAAC